GUUGACGUACAUGCAAUGCUGCACUGCUCGCAUACCAUUGCAACUCCUCUCUUCGCGGCCAAUGACAUUCUGUCCGUGUCUUCGAUAACACCCCCGUCAUUCCCCAUCCGGCCAGCGUUCAUGCACAGACGGAUGGUGGAGCCGCCGAGACGGGAUUAGAGUUUCGUGAACCCCGUACUGAUCGCAAGUCACGAUCAGCUCGAUCGAUCGAAACACCACCAUCUGCCUGCCAUUGCGACCUCUCAUCCUCCUUCAUUCUCGCAGUCCAGUGACCCUGCCCACCUCUCCCUUCAUCGCCAUCACCUCCCUCAAGUGACGAUGCGCGAGGCGACGCAUGGCUGUCGAUCCCCCCCUCGACUCCUCCCAGUGAGCCCGUGAUUUGGAGAGCCUUGGGUGAAAGAGUAGGAUUGGACAAGAUGUCGCUCAAUGGCCUGGACAAUCCAGUGGUGCAAGAAGCAUACCAGGCCACGAUCGCCGAGCCCGGAGGAUGGUUGCUUCUCAAAUACAUCACCCGAGACUCUGUCGAUCUGCUGGGCUGUGGAAAGAAUGGUGUCCACGAGGCGCGCGCGGUCGUCGCAAAAUACCCUGAUCCAUCCCCCUUGUACGGCGUGAUCAUAUACCGCCGGCGCAAAAUCCUCCUCAAGUACCUGCCUCCGGGUACCUCGCGCGUGCUGCUCGCUCGAACCGCCGUUCACUUCCAGGAUGUCAUUGAGAAGUACUCUCCCUACGAGGCGCUGCUAAAUCCCACCUCUGCCGAAGAGCUCACCGACACCGCCCUCGCCUCGUCCUUUCCCCUGCACACGGCCACGCCGUCGGGAGCAUCCUCCAAUCGACUCGGUGAGAUUACCGAAGAUGGCGAGGAUCCUCCUCUUUCACGGUCUCUUACAUCCGAAGAGACGCGUCUGGGCGCAUCAUCACCUCUGGCUCAGCGCUACAGAGGCUUCAAUCGUGUAGAGCAGCGCGUGCCAUCCGUCCGAUCGCCAAUGUCCGAGCUGGAUCCCGCGGCGCAAUCAGUCCGACUUCCUUCAUCUCCGAUCCUUCCAAGCAAGACUUCCGUCUCCCAAUACUUGGUUCGCAACGAGUCUGGCAAGCCCUCCAUCACCUCCCUCGGCUCCGACUCACUCGCUUCGAUGACCGAGUAUGACGCCACGGAGUCGUCCGCAAAGGAUGCAAAGUCGAGCAUGAGCACUUUGGACUCGACCAGCACGGUCUCGCCGGUAUUACAGGCGCCGUCAAUCCAGUCUUCUACGUCAGGCUCGCACAUGAUGCAGGAGCUUCAGAGGAGGAAUCCCACAGAACUGCGGCCGUCGACGGGAGCAUUAAGGCAGUCCACAGAUCGAUCAUCAUUGUCCACGCGACCAACGACCGGGGCGCAUUCAAGUUACGAUGCCGAUCUCUUGGACUUCUUGAAACCAAAAGUGAAGCUCGGCCCAAGACCAGUCGCUGCGGGAGAAAGGACGAAACAGCCGCCUAUCGCGGCAGUCCCUGCCUCCUAUCGGCUUAGUAUGAGGAGACAAGAUCCUGUGCCACCGAGCCCCCAAGGAAGGAACCUCACGCCAUCAACCCCUCUCUCGUCCUUUCCAUCACCCCCGCCUAUCCCUGACACUCCCGAAUACUCGCCACGGCCGCUUUCUGGUGGCAGUAUCAAGUCGUUACCGUCGCAUCGAUCGACUGCCAUGACGCCAGACAAACUCCGUCUCAUGAAGGCUGUGGAGUUACGAAAGAGACAGUUGCGGAAGUCUAACCCGCAGGCUGCUACAUUCGUCCCUCCGCCGGAGGAGGAAGUGCCAGCGGUUCCAAGGAUGCCUGAGCCGGCGCCAAUGCCAGACCACAUCGCCCCAGUCGAGCUGCCUGCGGAGGAUCUCGUGUCUACAGGCAUAGCCCAGACUUCUGCAUCAGCUUUGGCCACUGGCAAGGUAGACUCUGGAGUGCAAAUGGUGGUUGCCACCCAAUCUGGCAAGGAGGUCACCCCCGGCUCACUUGAGACGUAUGUUCAACCACCGAUCGAAGAAGAGCCUGUCGCACCCGAGAUACCAGAGCCCGAAGAGCCGAUGGUGGCAAGGAGCGUCGACGAAUUGCCGAUACAAACGCACGCAUCCGAAGAGUCUGCUUCGGCUGAGCCUCAGAGAUUGCUUGCUGAACCCGCCCAACCGCUCCCGGAGCCUUCUCCGGUGUUAGAUAUCCCAGGCUCAUUCCUCUUUCCAGCCUCACCCGAGUCUGAAGCGGACGACCCAAUUGCGCAUUCUGAUAUUGCGGCAGAGCAAGCCGUUGAGAGGGAAAAGUCCCCUGCAGAGCCAGAAGGCAGUCACCCUGUCAAUGCCAACGAUGCUCCUGCAUUGGAAACACAACUCGAGGUUGCAGACAUACCAGCGAUUGUCCUUGCGGAUGGAACACGCCCCAUGACUCCAGCCAGUCAACCAAAAGACACUGAAGUGGCUCGAUCAAUCCACUCAGACAAGGGCGGCUCCUUACACUCAGACAGCGCAAGUAGUAGUGGAGAGUUUGAUGCGUUUGAGAUGAGUCCCAAGCGAAAGAACAGUGAUCUCGCGCGCAGGCGCCAAGGCUACGUAGAGCCGAUACCAGUCGACACCGAGACGGAAUCCAUGUCUGACGAUGAGUUGGAAGAAGUGCAAUUCGCGACGCUACUACAGGCCAAGCCUAUCACGGUCUCCAAGUCUUCACCCAUCCAUGAGUUCUUUCCCAAGCAGCGUCGACCGAGCAACUCCAACACUCUGGACUCAUUGGUCACGAACGAGCCGGGACAAGUGUAUGCUCCCUCCUCCUUGACAACCGACACUCCUGUAGACGGGCAGACAGCCUCGUCUGAGCGACGGAAUGAGGUUCCUGCAACCUAUCGACCGAGAGGAAGCAUUGAUAGGAAUGAUGCGCCGGUUGGGGUGAAGCGCAGCGUGUCCAACGAGAUUUCCAAACGCAUACAGGCGCUGGCUGGAUCCUCCAACACUUCUCCCAGAUCUCGAUCGCCGGAUGCAUCGGCUCCUUCGAGGGGAAGCGUGCGCACUCCCGGCCACUCUCGCAACCCCUCCUUCGUGGCAAUCCCCAGCCGCAACCCGUCACGUCUGAACGCAGCCCAAAACCAGUUCACCACCCCCAAUGGUUUCUCGCCGCCAAUCCAAGCCACGCCGGUGUGGAGUGUCCAUCGUGACCCCCUGACCAACCGCGAGUCGGUGACGGUCAGCUCGCGCAUUGUGCGCAACGCCACGCAAGACCCGGAGGCGAACAGCAUCCCAGAGCACGAAAUCGUUCCGUCCCCCACCCAACUGACCCACCUAAGAGAUGCAUCGACCUCAGCCCCAAGCUCCCCCAACCUCCACCGAACCAGCCCAGAUCCCGUCCCAUCCGCCGCGGCUCCCAAGCGGGCAUCUGGAGCACCCACCACGGCCUCAUCGACCUUCUCCGGGACGUCUCGAGCAGGAUCUAGGAUGUCCAUGUUCUCCAACUCGCAAAAGGCGAUGCCGUCGCCCACGGCCGAAGACUUCCCACCCCCACCGCAAAGCACCCGUUCGUCCGCCAUGGGCGUUAGAAACUCCGCGUACGACGAGAAUGGUGCUCCUAAGGAGGGCAGCAGGACGACACGCUUCUUCAAACGCAUGAGUAAUAUCGGCGGCAAGCGGCGUAGUGCGAUGCAGCAAGUCCCGGAAGGCGGUAGUAAUGCUGCUGUGAGCAAUAGCGCGACACCGAUCACGACUGCAGGAGGCAACAUACUACCCGCCGUGUCAGUGGGGGAUCUCAAUAUCCAAUUUCCUGACUCGUUGCUCUGGAAACGCCGAACGGUCCUCAUCGACGAGCACGGCCAAAUCAAAUUCACCCUCUCCUCCUCCUCUCCCAACUCCCGGCCCGGCACUGCUCUCGGCACGCGCAGCUUCCCCCUCACCGCUUUCAAAGCGCCGUUUGUCCCGGACACGGAUCGUAUGGAGCUGCCGAACUCCAUCAUGCUGGACUUUGUGCGCGAGGCUACGACGCUGCAGCUGGCGUGCGAGGAUACCGUGUCGCAUAUUCAUGUGUGUCAUGUGUUGCGGAUGUAUUGGCGGGCUUGGAAUGGAGUUGCUGGGAGGGAGUGAGCGAUUGGAGGAUGCUCUUGGUAUAGCGGUCGGGGUUUGGAUUGAUGUGAUCCAGUCUUGUGGAUGACUUUAUUACUACUGUGGCGUGAUGAGGAUGCUCUUUUUGGCUUUGAAGUAAACAUACCCCUUUAGCAUGGGAAAGAGAGGUGUACGGUAUUCAUAACGCAUAUGGGAUUCAAUGAGGAAGUGA